GCUGGAAACUACGGGGAAACAGAGGGGGAACCGCGGACAGGGAUGAGAUUGAUGGGAUUUUUGUUGGAGUGAAGGGCGCUGCGUGCCUGCCUGAGCCAUGGCGUUGCUGUGCUACAACAAGGGCUGUGGGCAGAGGUUUGAUCCUGAGCACAACUCCCAGGAUUCCUGCCUGUAUCACCCGGGCGUCCCCAUCUUCCACGAUGCCCUGAAGGGCUGGUCUUGCUGCAAGAAGCGCACGACGGACUUCUCUGAGUUCCUCUCCAUUAAGGGAUGCACAAAGGGGUUUCACAGCAAGGAGAAGCCUCCUGAGCCUUCCCAAGAGGAGACCUCAGACAAGCCAAAGGCCAAGCCAAUGGCAGAGAUCAUCGUCCAAGGACCAAAAUCAGCUGAGAAGAUGCAGCGGGAAAGACCAAGCUCUGAUGAGCCACGACAACUGCUGCCAAUCAAAGUAUCUAGAUCUCUGGAACAAGCACUGGAGAAACUGAGCCUGUCUCCUAACAACAAGGAGCCCAAGGGUGACUGUGCAGGGGAGGCGGCUGCCCAGGUGAGAGCUGGCACCACCUGCAAGAACGCAGCCUGCAAGGCAAUCUACCAGGGCCCAGAAAGCAACACAGAGGUUUGUACUUUCCACCCUGGCGUUCCUGUCUUCCAUGAGGGGAUGAAGUACUGGAGCUGCUGUGGGAUCAGAACGACGGACUUCAGUGCCUUCCUGGAGCAGCCGGGCUGCAGCACGGGGCGGCACUGCUGGAUGGGAAAGGCGGACAAGAAGGCGGUGUCAUGCAGGCAGGACUGGCACCAAACCAGCAGCCAAGUGGUGGUGACAAUCUAUGGCAAGAACCCUCUGCCCACCCUCAGCAGUGUGAAGGCCAACCGCACUGUGCUUGAAGUUCACGUCAUCUUCGAAGGGAAUAAGAUUUUCCAGGCAGAACUCGAUCUCUGGGGGGUCAUCGAAGCAGAGAAGAGCUUUGUGAGCAUGGUUCCCACCAAGGUGGAGAUCGCGCUCCGUAAGGCCAACCCCGGGGCCUGGGCCAGGCUGGAGCACCCCCAGAGCAAGGCCUGCGCUCAGGGCGAGCCGGAGAAGGCGGCGGUCAGCACAGAGGAGCCCGAGGACGACUCGGACGACAGCCUGAGCUGGUCGGAGGAGGACGAAGAGGUGGAAGCAGCCGACGGCGCGGCGCCGCUGAGGGGCUUUGGCGAGAGCUCUGCGAGAGCAGACGGAGCCCUGAGCAGCCCGUAGCUCUCACAAGGGACAAGCAAUAAAAACACAAAGCGAAGGCUACACGGCGACAUUACUGAGAUGUGGGGGCGUUUCCCGCCCGCCCCCCUUCCCGCUCGCGCUGAGGCGGAGCCGUCGAGACGACGUCGCUCAGCCGGAGCGCCCCCCCGCCGCAUCGAGCGCCCCCUUGCGGGCCCGCCGGCGUAACGCUGCGCCUGCGCGUUGCGCAUGCGCGCGGUGGGGCGCGGCCGGUUCGCGGGUUCGCCGCCCCGGGAGCAGCGGCCGCCGGCGGCGCGUGAGGGCCGCGGAGCAGCGGUGACGUUCGGUCCCUUCGCACCAACCGGCGGCGUUGCGGCCCCGUGGAGAGCGCGAAGCGGGAGGGAAGCGCGGCCUCAACGCGCCCUCCCGGCCCUCUGCGGCGGAGUGCUCGCUGGGUUCAGCCCCGUUAAAUGAAAAUCUUGGUGCAACUGAUUGGGAAUAAUAUAUGCGGUCCUGCUGUUGGCUCUUGCUGGACUUUGUAUCUGGGUAAAGAAUGCAGACUAUAAAGUGCGUAGUUGUUGGAGAUGGUGCUGUGGGAAAAACUUGUCUUCUCAUCAGCUAUACCACCAAUGCCUUCCCAGAAGAGUACAUCCCUACUGUGUUUGACAACUAUAGUGCCCAAAUGACUGUUGAUGGCCGGACGGUUAGCCUGAAUCUCUGGGACACUGCAGGCCAGGAGGAAUAUGACCGUCUGCGCACACUCUCAUAUCCUCAAACCAAUGUAUUUGUCAUCUGUUUCUCCAUUGGCAGCCCGUCUUCCUAUGCAAAUGUGAGGCACAAGUGGCAUCCUGAAGUUUCUCACCACUGUCCUAAUGUUCCCAUUCUUUUAGUGGGCACGAAGAGAGACUUGAGAAACGACCUGGAAACAGUUAAAAAGUUAAAAGAGCAAAGCUUGGCUCCCACUACCCCACAACAGGGGACUUCACUGGCUAAACAAAUCGGAGCAGUCAAAUAUUUGGAGUGCUCAGCAUUGAAUCAGGAGGGUGUUCGGGAGGUGUUUGCUGAAGCUGUGCGUGCAGUUCUUUAUCCUGUGACAAAGAAGAACACAAGGAAAUGUGUCUUAUUGUAGUUACCUCGGAUGAUGGAUGCUCAAAGUUGAAUAGUGACUAGAAUUUUGGAGGGCUUUUUAACGUGUUAAAUUGAAGAUUUGCGUCUUGCACUAACAGCUCUAAGCAGAAAUGGUUUAUGCAAAGAAUAUUCUUGCAGUCUUAUUGCUUCAGGGAAACUGAAACAAAACUUCUUUUUUUCCAGCGGAGAGGUCAAAUGUAUACUUAAUUUCUGAAGUUCCAGUCUCCAGCUUCUCCAGGGAUCACUUGGCUUCUGUUCUUAUUUAGUGGAGGGAAACAAAGGAAGGGACUUCUCUGAAACCCAACUUCUUUACUUUAUAGCCACCAGUUGCUAGAUUUGCUGGAAAGCACAAGUUCUGAUAACUUUGCUUUAAGUCUAGGUGCUGUUUUUCCCAUCUCUUAGUUACAGAUCAAACUGGUUUGACAAAUAGAAGUCUGGCUGUGCAUUUGUUGUACUUUGCCAAUCAGAGCUUGAAAACAAUUUGUUUACAUACAAAAAUGCCGGAAAUAUUACUGAGAUUUGCCUUAAAGUGAACUGUGAUCAUUUAUGUGAAGAGUUAACAGAGAUCAAAUCCAAUAAGCACGACCUAGGGAACACCUGCAAGUAUUUUGUUAAUAGAAGCAAAUUCCUAUUGCAAGGAACUUAGGAUAAUGAUGAAUCACUCAAAUGAGAGAUUUUAGUGCUGUUGAAAUGGAGAGGUGGAAGAGCAGAUUAGGUGCAAGCCUUCCGUAAUCUCCUAUACCAAGUUAAGGUUUUAUUUCACUCUUCAAAGAGACUUUACACCCUGAGAAUAAACUUAAAAUUAUCUUCCUGGGCUGACUGAGAUAGUUGAGGUGACACUUAUUCUCAAAGUGACUUUUUUCAGUGUGAUCCUGCUUUCCCAUUGAUGACUCCCAGAGACUCGGGUAGAAGCCCAUUUCAUUUGUUCUUGAAAAGUUAAUUGUUUCACUUUAUCUUCUUGGAGUCACCCCCUGACAUUUCACAGCAAAUCCCUGUGUUGUUUGUUGGUGUUUUUGUUUUUGUUUUUGUUUUUUUUUUCUGGGAGAUCAUUGACAGAAAAUGUGGAGGUUCUGUUUACAGGAAACAGAAGCAUUGGUUUCUUCUGACGGUUCCAGUUAAGUUUGCCAUGGUUAGUCAGUCACUGGAUAGAUUUACCUGGGCAAUUUUCUCCCCCCUGCUAGGUAACCAGUUAGUAUAAACUGUUUUAAUGGAAGUUCUAUUUAUGUACUUCUCUAACUUUCUCUAGCAGCUCUAGUGAGUGGCAGCUGGCUGUGUACCUUUUCAGGAUGUACACUGUUAGCUGUGUGUGAUUCUGGGACCAGCUGAGGAGUGAGUGCAUGAAACCUUCCUUAGUCUUAACCGUAGAGCUUGGUGGCAUGAAAGCAGCAUGCUUCAAAGAUGCUUUGUAUGAAACCAAUGGUGCUGGACUGGGCUUUGUUGUCUGAGGUUGACAGUGCUGUCUUUGUCCAGAUGCAGCCUCCAUUGGUCAUUCAGAACUUGCAUCCUUGUGAUUCUCACACAUGAAACUGCACUGUGUAUACCCUGGGCAGAAAAAAAAAAAAGCCUAAUUUUAGCAAGAGAAGAGGAAAUAUAGCAACAAGGUUAUUAGGGAUCUUGAAUUAAUCUGACCUUGCUUUAUCUGAUACCAAAAAAAAAAAAAAAAAGAAAACCAACCUAAAAACCAACCAACCAAAACCCAAAACAAGGGGUAGAUAUGUUCAUAUUUGUGCCCUAAUUCCCCUCUCUGAAGAGGAUGUGCCUUUCUUCAGCUGGUGUAACUGAUGCUGACACUAACUGCAACUUUUAUGUAUCUGAUGUAUGCUCAUACAAGUACUGCUUCAGCAAACUGCAACCCAUAGAUAGCAACUGCAGUUAACCCAAAUAUGUGUGGCUGGUAAAGCACCACUGAGUUCCUAACAUUGGUAGGCAACACCCAAAUGCCUGUCAUGCAUGAAUGUUUGCAGAAACCUGGAGACUUCUGCGUGUUUUUCUUCACCAGGUGCCGUUGUCUGGGAUGUCUGCACCUUCUGCUCUUGCAGGAGUGCUGUUCCAGAUGUGGCUCCACCUGCAGGCUGUGAGGGAGCAGGAGUGUUUCCAUCAGGUGACCUCUACUCACCACGUUCUGCCUUUUAGUAGUAGGCCUUUAGCGUGGGCUUGACGUGCUGGCAGCAAUUAAUCCUGUGCCUUGUAAUGCAAGAUUAUUUUCUGUAGGUAAAUUUCAGUAACUGAGUAAAUAGAGUUUAUCAUGUUUAAAAUAUAUUUAUUUAAGCCAGUGCACGUGUCUUUGUAAUGCAGGUCAGGCCUAUAUCAUCAGUCUAGUUACCCUGGUGCAAGCCCGUAACCUUUGCUUAACUCAGAUGUACUUUAACUGCUCUUAAAUAGGCUUUUAAUGUCAACAACAGGCACCUCUUUUAUUUGCAGUUUUGUACUGAAGCUACUACUGUUUUUAAAAGUUUUUACUUUUUUUUUUACGUACUGAAAUCUCUUGGUUCUGCUAUUCCUGGCUGGAUGGCAGACGUUCUGCAGGUGAGGAGCUCUGGUUGCACACAGCCCAUUUCUGUGGGCUCGCAGAGCAGCCGUCCUGGUGUGAACUGGAAGAGGGUACGGUGUGAUGGGAUCCUCCUACUUAACCGAUUCAUUUCAGUGGAUUACGUUACUGAUGACGCUAUCCUGGAACGCUCUGUCCCCAUCUAGAUCACGUAAUGAAAAGAUUGCACAGCAGUACUGGGGAGAUGGACACAACAGUGGUGGAACUGAGCAGAAAGUGAACUCGGAAGGACUUCAGAGGCUUUUUCCGGAUUUCAGAGUACCUCAUCAGCAGUCCUGUAGGUGCCUCGCAUGUCUGUGCCUUUGGGGAGCAAAGCUCCUGCUGGUUGACAGCUCAUUUAUUCAGCCUCUCUUCUUCAUGAGAAUGACCUCCAGCAGCACACAGAUGCACUGAGCUUUUCCAUUCAGUGGGCAUUCUCUCCGUUCAGAAUCUUUCUUUUUUUAAUUCCUCCACCUCUUGGUGCGUUUUAUUGUACGUAGCGCAGCGCUUCACUCUACAAUCCAUUCCCCUCCUCCCACAGGCAUUAUUUUUCCCGUGGACAGGUGAGAACCACACCUCACACAAUCACAAGGCUGCGCUCUGUUGGCAGCAGGUCAGGAUACCGCCGAGUCACGCUGUGAGUUUCCCACACCAUUCCAGAUUUGUGUUUACUUCAUGGAAACGCGCUCUGAACGCCAUCGCUCACCGAGAGGCUCUGUGUGAGAAGACCAAUUGUAACCUUUCAGCUCGCAAAUCAUUCCUGUGACACUCAGCAUCCUUACGGUGCGGCUGUGGCCGUGCACGCCGCCUGGAGCAGCCCAGCAGUUGUGCUGUUCUGAGGGCAUUCAGACGGAGAAGUGCUUUCUUGGUUUACAGCCGUAGCUAUUUCUGUGGGAUUCCUAUUAGAGCAGCCUUACUGCUUGAGUGCUAACCCCGCUCUGCGGGACCCCGGUGCUGCGCUGGGCUCGCCUGGAGGAGCGGGCGCUGCGGGUUGGCUGUGACCCGGCCCCGCGCCUCUGCGUCUGGUACUGAUACAUACACUGGCGACUUGAUUUUAUACUAUAAAAGGAUUUGUAUUACAGCUAACAGUUUUAAAAGAUUUUUGUUUUUAAAUUAUGCAAAAAUUAAAUGGUAAUAAAAAUCUUCCUCAUC